CAUGACGCUUCGCUACCUUCACACCUUCAUCGACGAGGAGCCGCUGGAACCAGUGGAGGGCCUACGGCGGUCUCGAAGUUUUCCCCUGCUGGGAUGCCCAACGUGGAGCGAAGAGGAGGAACCGCAGGAUGCCACCGCGCGCGAUGCGAACUAUGUGGCCCAGUUGCAGCACAAGACGUUGAACACCUUUCCAGCCCGACCCAUGGCACCGCCCAUAAACCCGAUGACACUUGAGCGUGCGGUUUGUGCGGCGCCACCCGACCCGGUGAAUGAUGGGAGCCGUGGCCAUCCGCAGUUGUGCGCUCAUCCAUGCAUCCGAAUUGCCAAAGAAGGAGGAUGCAACUUGGGAGAUGCCUGUGGAUACUGCCAUCUGGGCCAUCUGUCACAUGGGAGCCGCGUAGCAUUCGACAAGCGCCAACGAACUUUGUUACACGAGAUGGA